AUGACAUCCGUGGCCCGCCGCCUGUUCUCUACAGGCCCCUCCCACCGCCAAGCCUCCGCAACGGAAGCAUGUAGUGAACUCCUCACACGAUUCCAAAGGGGGCCCGUCUCGAUCCGUAAACAGCUUCUUGAUGCAAAUCAACUUCAAUUGCUCUCCAUAACACUCAACCGUACACCCUCCUCUUUCAAUCCGCCACCAACCGGUACGCCGAUUCCACCCGGCUACCACCUAGUCUACUUCACCCCCUCGAUCAUCGAAGCCGAACUGGGACUUGAUGGCACAGAUCGCACUGUGAACCCGCUGAUUCCAUUCACUAGGCGGAUGUGGGCUGGCGGCGAGUUGACGUGGGCGCAAGACAGGAACGCACUGCUGAGAGUGGGCCAGGAGGUCAAAGAGACGACGAAACUGCUGAGUGCUGAGCCCAAGACGUUGAAGAAUGGAGGAGAAAUGCUACUCGUGGGUGUUGAGAAGACCUUCUCAAAUGACCACGGUGUUGCAUUAACAGACCGCCGUAAUUGGGUAUUCCAGCGUGAGCUUACACCUGAGAAUCCGAUGAAAGCACUACCCAAGCCAGAAGAGAAAGAAUUGCCGACUGGUACGCGCCAGAGGGAUUUUUGCCAGACGCCAACUUCGCUAUUUCGCUUCUCAGCGCUGACAUUCAAUGCGCACAAGAUACACUAUCUGCCUGAGUGGUGUCGAGAGGUUGAGGGCCACAGGAAUGCUGUUGUACAUGGGCCGCUCAAUCUCAUCAACAUGCUGGACUUUUGGCGGGAUACGAGUAAGAAUGGGGAUACAGAGGCAGUGCCCAAGUCCAUAGCAUAUCGUGCUAUGAGCCCGCUAUACGUCGAUGAGCCGUAUCGAAUAUUAUUGGAGCACGAUCCAACACCCGAGGGAUGGAGAGCAGAGGUAUGGGAUAGUUUUGGAAAGCAGAGUAUGAAGAGCACUAUCGUAGAAUAG